UACAGAUGGGAAUAUAAGAAUGCGAAAGGAUUAAUAUUACACAACAAGAAGACCUGCAAACUUUGGAGCUACCAGUUGAAAUGUGCCCUACACUUUCCCUUUGCUGAGGUCUGAACAAUCUGGAAACCAAAACCUUCUCUCACUUCAGACCGGUGUGAUCAUCCUCUCUCAACAUGGAUAGUCCUGGAUGGAAAGGCAGAUUACAGGUGGCUUAUGUUCUUAGUAUCAUCUUGAUCAUGCUGCCUUGUCCAGUUACACAAGGGGCUAAAAUAUUGGUUGUACCUGUUGAUGGUAGUCACUGGAUCAAUAUGGAGAUUCUAGUAGAAGAACUGAAACUUCACGGACACAACAUCACAGUGCUUUAUACCUCAUCAACUUGGUAUAUUAAAAAAAGACCAGAUCUCUAUCAAUCCAUCUUAAUACAGGGACAACAAAGAACUGGACAAGCUGAAAUGAGUAAAGUGAUUCAAAGUCUGGUGGAAAAAUCAUUGGGAAUCUCACAGAAUGGUUGGACAACAUGGGGCAAAAUUAAUUUGCAAAAUGAAAUGAACUUGUUUCUUUAUUAUUGCCAUAAAUUGUCUCUAAAGGUAACUGCAGAAAUUUUUGAAAACAAAACUUUGUUAAAACAACUUGAGAAUGAAAAUUUUGACCUCAUGCUUGCAGAUCCUGUUUUUGGUAUUGGUCCAAUGCUUGCUUAUUAUUUAAAAGUCCCACUGGUGUAUAAUGUUCGAUGGCAGAUUAGUGGAGAAGCUCAUUUGACUACCGCCCCAUCACCACCUUCCUAUGUCCCAAUCCCUGGCUCACACUUCACAGAUAAAAUGAAUUUUUGCCAAAGAACAGAAAACCUCAUCCAAAAUCUUCAUCAUCUAGUGUUUUCAGAAUUUUUUCUAUACCCUCUUUAUAAUGAAGUCUGUCAUCGAUAUCUGGGACCAGAUAUAGACAUCCAAACACUCCUCCUGAGGGCUGAUGUGUGGCUGAUGAGAGUCGAUUUUGUAUUUGAAUUCCCACGACCCACCAUGCCAAAUUUUGUGUACAUUGGAGGCUUCCAGUGUAAACCAGCCCGACCACUAGCAGCAGAGUUUGAAGAGUUUGUCCAAAGCUCAGGAAAGCACGGACUUAUUGUGAUGUCAUUGGGGUCCAUUGUCAGUUCCUUGCCGAUGCAGAUCACAAUGCGAAUAGCAGAGGCUUUUGCUCAAGUACCUCAGAAGGUUAUUUGGAGAUAUGAUGGAGAAAUCCCUCCCAAUAUAGGAAGUAACACACUACUGGCGAAAUGGAUCCCUCAGAACGACCUGCUAGGCCACCCCAACACACGAGUCUUUAUUUCUCAUGGUGGCAUCAAUGGCAUUUACGAAGCCAUCUACCACGGGGUGCCACUGAUUGGCAUGCCUCUGCUUUUUGACCAGUUUGACAACUUAUUUCGACUUGAAUCCCGAGGUGCAGCAAAAGUGAUGAAUGUUGCGACCAUGCAUUCAACAGAUCUAUUGCAGGCACUUAACGAGCUGAUAAACAGUACAUUUUAUCGGGAUAACAUGAAGAAGCUCUCUGCUCUCCACUGGGACCAACCAGAGUCACCUAUGGAGAGAGCUGUUUUCUGGAUUGAGUAUGUUACCCGACACAAAGGAGCAGGGCAUUUACGCUCAGAAUGCUACCGACUCCCCUGGUACGUUUACUAUUGCGUAGAUGUGAUGAUCUUUCUAUUGUCUGUGUUCCUCUUGGUUACAGUGCUGGUGGUUGUAACAUUGAAGAAACUUUGUAAUAUUGUUCGGAAGAAAAAGCAAAAGAAUGAGUAAGGUUACCCCAUUUUGUGCUGCGAGUUAGUGUUUUAAGUUCUUUCACAUUAGUUGAGAGAUGUUUUUCCCGCACUUAAUCCAUGGAACAUCCUUUUCAGAAAUCAUGAAUUUAACAGUCUAUUUUGAAAAAAAACAGCAGUGAUAGGUCAGUUAAAUAAUAGCCUUUACACACUGAUAUGCACAGAAAAAUUGUAACUACCUGUACCACUUUUUGCAGGAAUGUUACUUAAAAAUUAAGUAGCAUUCUUUCACUUCGCCACAAACUUUGGGAUUCACUAGCGAGGUGACCUUUUCUGUGCUAUUUUCUCAUCUACUGAAUAAUAGCCAAAUAGCUCACCACACACUUUCAAUCCGUCAGUAUGUUUGGUUCCUCUUCAGAAUCCUCAUUAUUGUCAGCAACACACACAAAGUGCUGGAGUAACUCAGCAGGUCAGGCAGCAUCUAUAGAGAACAAUAAACUGCUGACGUUUCGGGUUGAGAUCCUUCAUCAGGACUCCCAUUAUUGUCCGUGAUGGUAUGAAAAGCAGAUGCUUUUGCUCAAGUACCUCAGAAGGUUAUUUGGAAAUAUGAUGGAGAUAUCCCUCCCAAUAUAGGAAAUAAUGCUUAUCUUUUCAUUAGAUAUGCAAUAUGUUCGAAGAUCAGAAGUGAUCCACUUGCUUGUGAUAUCUUCCAAGAUGUGGGACCUGGGGCAGGGGUGUGUGUGUUGUUGGUGGAGUCGGUGUUGUGGGCUCCGUGCUGCCACCUUUUCCUAUCCCCACCCUCCUGUAGAUGCUGACUCUGAAUAAUGUGUUUCAGUUACAUUCAAUGAACUUGCUUCUCAUUCUGCCUGCUACACUUUCUCAUCAGUAAAGUUGGUCAAUAUUGCACAUAUAUCAGAUGACAGCUUAGAUAGAAAGGUCUCAUUUAUAGAAGGGCAGAUGUUGGUGCUGCACUUUGUUGGUGCUAACUUUGCAGCAAUCCCACAAAUUAGUAAAUCACAUUCUUUUUCUCAUUAUGUUUGAAUGUUCCACAGGAGCAUAAGCUACAUGCUCUCUGAUACUGUUGUACGUGCCAUGUAAUACCGCAUCAUGAUGAGCAUUUUUUUUAUUGCAACAAUUACUAGCAGUUCUCUAAAAUUUGGUGAAAGAGGUAGUUAUACAAACUUAGUAUUAGUGGUUACAGUUUUCCUGUAAUCACCAAUAGUAAGAAUCUGAUUCUGAUUCUGAUUUCCCAGCAAUGGUCAGAGUAGGUAAGAAAUUUUAAAUGUGGAGUUACUUUUGUUGUGGAAGAUUAAAAAAAGUGUUUGCAGUUUGAUUUUAAAAUGUUUUGAAUUUUGAUCAUUAAAAGACUAUUACUCUGCAAUCUGUCAAUGAUGUGUAUGGUUUCAGGAACAUUCAUUCUUUCACACGUAAAUCCUAAAAUGGUCUCAGAAGAAUAAGCUGAUCUCAGAUACAUACACAUUCAUACUUAUCACCUUCAGACAUGUAGCCAGCAC